ACCCUGUCCCAGUCUGUUAUCAGUAGAGCAGGCCGGGCUCCACCACCUGCUGACUGUAAAAGGUUUUGUUAUAGACUGUAAAAGUAGAAAGGGUUUUGGUACAUGAUUCAUUUUGAGACGAAAAAAAGAGUCUUCAAACCGGACAGCAGUGAAUAAAGCAGAGCAGGCAACAGAUGGCACACAGACAGCAGAGUUGGGGACAGCUAUGCAGGGACAGACUGGCAGAGACAGGGAGUCUCAGUGCAGAUGUUUGGGCUUGUAGACUAUGAUGCUACAUGCUCUGCUGUUUAACAGUCUCCACUGACCUACAAUGGCCCCAUCUGCUGUUUAACAGUCUCCACUGACCUACAAUGGCCCCAUCUGCUGUUUAACAGUCUCCACUGACCUACAAUGGCCCCAUCUGCUGUUUAACAGUCUCCACUGACCUACAAUGGCCCCAUCUGCUGUUUAACAGUCUCCACUGACCUACAAUGGCCCCAUCUGCUGUUUAACAGUCUCCACUGACCUACAAUGGCCAUAUCUGUGAAAGAGCAUCUCCUGGCCAUUCUGGAUGAUCUUGGCUCUGAGGAGCUGAAGAGAUUUAAGUGGUAUCUAACUACAGAAAACCAGCUGGAUGGCUUCCAUCACAUUCCAAAGGGCCAGCUGGAGACGUCUAACAAACUGGACAUAGUGGAUCAGAUGGUGCAGAAAUACAGGGAAAAUGUGGCUGUGAAGAUCACACUGGACAUCCUGAAGAAGAUUAGCCGUAAUGAUCUUGCUGAGAAGCUAAACACAGACUGUCCAAUAGGUCCUUCAGAUGAAGAUGGUGAGAAGUACCAACAUGAAUAUAAACUGAAAGUAAAAAAUAAGUUUCAGCAUGUAUUCAACGGGGUACCAAAGCAGGGCCAUAAGCAACUUCUCAAUGAGAUCUACACAGAGCUCUACAUCACAGAGGGUGGAAGUGGAGAGGUCAAUAAUGAACAUGAGGUGAGACAGAUCGAGAUCACGUCCAAGAAUCCAGCAAGACCAGAAGCUAAAAUCCGCUGCAAUGACAUCUUCAAACAAUCAUCUGGAAAAGACAAACUUAUCAGAACUGUGCUGACAAAAGGAGUCGCUGGCAUUGGAAAAACAGUUUCUGUGCAGAAGUUCAUUCUGGAUUGGGCUGAAGGGAAAGCCAAUCAGGAUAUCCAAUUCAUAAUUUCACUCCCUUUUCGGGAGCUGAAUUUGGUGAGGGGGGAAAAGUGCAGUUUUGUGGAACUUCUACAUAAAUGUGUCUUAGAGACUAGAGUGAUUGAGAGGGACUUUUUAAAUCACAUUUUAACAAAAUUGCAAAAACCAGGAAACCACAAUGAGAGCAAAGUUGUAUUUGUCCUUGAUGGUCUGGAUGAGUACGAGAACUGUAAGAGCUGGUGUGAUGUCACAGAGCCAACCUCAGUGGACGUGCUGCUGACAAACCUCAUCAAUGGGAAUCUGCUUCCACCUGCUCUCCUCUGGAUAACCUCCAGACCUGCAGCAACCAAUCACAUCCCUCCUGAGUGUGUUGACCAGGUGACAGAGGUACGAGGGUUCAAUGACCCACAGAAGGAGGAGUACUUCAGGAAGAGAUUCAGCGAUGAGGACCUGGCCAACAGAAUCAUCUCACACAUAAAGACAUCAAGGAGCCUCCACAUCAUGUGUCACAUUCCAGUCUUCUGUUGGAUCUUAGCUACAGUUCUGGAGCAUGUGUUGAGUACAGAUAGGAAUGAAGAGAUGCCCAAGACACUGACUCAAUUAUUUAUUGGGUUACUGGUAUUUCAGACCAAACAGAUGAAUGAGAAAUAUCACAAGAAAGGUGAGAGAGAUCCACACAGGGAUAAAGAGAGUUUCAUGGCACUGGGGAAACUUGCUUUUAACCAGCUGGAAAAUGGCAACCUCAUUUUCUAUGAGGCAGACCUGAAGAAUUAUGGCAUUGAUGUCACUGAAGCCUCAGUGAACUCAGGAGUGUGUACACAGAUCUUUAGACAGGACUAUGGGCCGUUCCAAGACAAGGUGUACUGCUUUGUGCAUCUGAGCGUUCAGGAGUUUCUGGCUGCGUUAUAUGUUUUCCUCUCCUUCAACAACAACAAUGUAAACCCAAUGACCGAAGACCAAUCCUUCAUCAGAAAAAUUCUAAUGAAGUUGAAUCCUGCCAUCACCUUCCACACAAUUGCAGUGGAUAAAUCCUUACAGAGUGAGAAUGGACACCUGGACCUGUUCCUCCGUUUCCUUCUGGGCCUUUCACUAGACUCCAAUCAGACUCACUUACACGGCCUACUGACACAGACAAGAAUAACCAGAAGCAGAUCACUGGGCCAUGAGGAAACAGUCAAGUACAUCAAGAAGAAGAUCAGGAACACUCCAUCUCCAGAGAGGUGCAUCAAUCUGUUCCACUGUCUGAAUGAACUGAAUGACCAUUCUCUAGUGGAGGAGAUCCAAAGCUACCUGAGAUCAGGAAGUCUCUCAAAACCCAACCUGUCACCUGCACAGUGGUCAGCUCUGGUCUUUGUGUUGCUGACUUCAGAAGAGAAGCUGGAUGUGUUUGACCUGAAGAAAUACUCCAGAUCAGAGGAAGGUCUUCUGAGGCUGCUGCCAGUGGUCAAAGCCUCCAGGACAGCUCUGCUUGAUGGGUGUAACCUCACUGAGAAAUGCUGUCAAGCUUUGGCCUCAGCUUUCAACUCAACCUCCUCAAACCUGAGAGAGCUGGACCUGAGUGACAACAACCUGCAGGAUUCAGGAGUGAAGCUGCUCUCUGCUGGACUGAAGAAUCCCCACUGUAAACUGGAGACUCUGAGGUCAUUGUUUAAAUGCAAAUGUCUGUUGAGUUUGAGGAAGACACACACCUGCCAUUUCCCUGAUAAAUUCUGCAGGCUGUCACGCUGUCUGAUCACAAAGAAAGGCUGUGCUUCUCUGGCCUCAGCUCUGAGAUCCAACCCCUCCCACCUGAGAGAGCUGGACCUGAGCUACAAUAUCCCAGGAGACUCAGGAGUCAGACUGCUCUCUGCUGGACUGGAGGAUCCACACUGCAGACUGGAAAAACUCAAUGUUGACCACUGUGGAGAGUACUGGCUGCUGAAAAAAUAUGCCUGUGAUGUCACACUGGACCCGAACACAGCAUACAGAAACCUCUCUCUGUCAGAGGGGAACAGGAAGGUGACGUGGGGGAGAGAGGAGCAGCCGUAUCCUGAUCACCCAGAGAGAUUUGAGGUCUUGCCACAGGUGCUGUGUAGACAGGGUCUGACUGGGCGCUGUUACUGGGAGGCAGAGAUGAGUGGGGGAGGGGAUGACAUAGGAAUGACGUACAGAGGAAUCAGCAGGACAGGAAGAGCUGAUGACAGUAGGCUUGGAUGCAAUGACAAGUCCUGGAGUCUGAGCCUCUCUGAUUACGGUCACACUGCCAGGCACAAUAAGGAGAGAACUGAGUUACCUGCCUCCUCGUCCAACAGAGUAGGAGUGUAUCUGGACUGGCCGGCCGGCACUCUGUCCUUCUACAGCGUCUCCUCUGACACACUGACCCACCUGAUCACAUUCACCUCCACAUUCACUGAGCCCCUCUAUCCAGGGUUUUGGGUUGAAAUAAACUCCUCAUUGUCCCUAUGUGAGGUAAAAACCUUUAGUUAGUAAAGGACGGUUCUUGUUGUUAUUGAUUGGUGUUUAUAAAUAAUGUUUAUUUAGUCAAAUUGUUGACAUUACAAUCCUGAUUCUGAUUGAACUCAAUAACACUGAAUGGAACUUUCCUGGUAAACGUUUGGUCAGAUAAAGACCAAUAAAACUGGUUGUUUUAAAAACAGUUAAAUGUUGUUGUGUUUUCACAUUAAAGAAGAAUGACAGUUAAAGUUGAAA